UGCAAUCAUAAACCGCUAGAUGGCAAACGUGACUGCCGGUAAAAAUCCUUUGACAUUGGCUUUGUUUCAUGGUCACUGAACGCUUCAUUCAAACAUUCCUAUAGAAACCCGGUCAUAUUACGUAUUAGGCUAUUUUACGGGUUUUCUUACAAUAAUUAUCUUAUUUGGGUAAUCUUGCCUUUUAUUUUUAAAAUCAAUAACUCUGAUUUAUUUACGCACAGCACUAAGAUUCAAGUUCAACUCUACAAACAUGUUUACACACACAAUAGAUUUUUUGAAGCAAACGCAAAACCAUUUUUAAAUAACUAGUCUAUACAGAAAUAAUUUCACGAAAAACCGGUCUGAUGGAUCGUCGCGUGUAAGCAAACAUGUUUCGGUUUGUGCAAUAUUAUGUAACGCGAGUCGUGCUGAAUGUACUGAAUGUGCGGGGGUCACUCGAUAGUGCCCAAACAGACGCACACAUGUCGCUCUACACUAAUAAGGCAAAGUUGGAGGCACUUUGUACCCUUGUGACGUGCGCGCGUAUCCAAUAGAACAGACCUUGGCGAUAGGCGCAAACAAACAUGGGCUGUCUAGCAUAUAUAAACUCUGGCAUGAGUUUGUAGUGGGGUUUGAAGGCGGUGAGCUCGAUCGGUUUUAGACUCUUAAAUUACAUGACAUUAAUUAUUUCGUCCGACCUUCUGAACUAAUCUACCCGAAGAUAGGAGGUCUCGAUUAUUUAUAAUCGAUCUAACAGAGACCCAAAUAGUUGAUGUAUAGUAAAUGAUUUAUAGAUGUUUAAUGUCAGCUUUGGCUACACUGAACGUCCAGUAAAUAAACUUUGAGGACGCAGUCGAUUGUACCGUCCGCAAUCUAUUUAUAUCCAAAAACGUUCAAUUAACAGCGCAAUGCCGUUGGAUCUGGGAUUAUACGACAGUCGUGCGGACUAUAAAUCCCAAACGCAAUGCCAAAAAACCUCGUUUGCGUUCUAUCAGGCUGUACGGGACCUGUUACCGGUGUGGGUCCUGGAGGACAUGCGGACAAUGGAGGUGUUUCAUUGGGAAGAGGACGGACGGGCGUGCGCGUAUUCCCCGUCGGAGGCUUUUCUGUACGCGCUGGUGCACGAUCACCAGCAGUACGCACGUUACCUGCUAAAUAGAUUCUCCGUGCGCGCGUUGGAGAUGCCCAGCAGAAGUUUCUGCUGCUGCCAAGCAUCCACUUCGCCGCACCUCGCCAUAGCCGUCCGCUACAAUCGCAUCAACGUCCUCAAAAUGAUCAUGGACACCAUCAAAGACUUCACAGACUGCGAGAGGCAGAGUUAUCUGAACCGGCAUGGGUGUUUCCACACGGAUGGCAGCAAGACCGCACUGCAUCUCGCAUGUGAUCUGGUGCGCCCGGAGUGUUUGAUUUUGUUGCUUGGACACGGCGCGUCUCCUUACGCAACCGACGUGACGGGGAACAUGCCCCUGGACGGUUUACUCAACCAGAUCUGUCAGAGUCACUUUGACAUGCGGAGUAAGCACAUUUGCCUAGGCUACCUCAUUUUAUUUAUGCCCAAAUUUCGUUUCCAGACGAAGAGACAGUUGCUGGACAAUGCAGUUAUGUGGAAGGACCUCAUUGGAGAGCAGGCGUUUUGCUGGCUUUCUGGAUCAUCACCUCCUUCGUUGUUUGUUCAGGCCAUGCAGAAACUCAGCCAACAGUCUGUACCCAUAGAGCAACUGAACUCGCUGCCUGAGUUUCUGAAGCCUCUUGGCUUCAGACUGGAUCAAGCUUAAUGCGAACUGAAUAAUGCACGUUGUUUGACUCCUGUAGUUGUCUUGACAUAUUCAGGCUAAAUGAAUGUUGGGAAUUAUUUGUACAUAUGUGUAUAGUUUGGUGCACACGCUGUCAUUGCCUGGACAUCUGUAAAAAAUAUAUAUUAAUAUAAUUUU